UCUCGUCCAAGAAAGCAACCAGGAAACGAAUGGCGGAAAUAUAGAUCCACCUCACUCUUUCAGCUAUCAAUUGUUGGACAUACCUGACGUUGUUUUGGCUGGAAAGCAGAGUCCGGUACAGUCGGCAGCAGAUGUCUUCAGACAAAAACAGCGGAUGGUGUUGAAGAAACGAUGUUGUCGCUUUGAAUGUGGUCUAUGGGAUCGGUAAAGUGAAUGGACGGAUGGGCAGUCAAUGAUCGAGCUGAGAGUGUCCUGUCACCGACAGCCUGCCAGAUCAAACACCGACAUAUGGCCCUGCUGCUCGGCUAGCUGAAGGAGACGACGCCAGCAUCAUGUUCUUUAAAACAUCUUUCACCACCCUGAUUGUUGGGGUGUUUGUGGUCUACGUGCUCCACACCUGCUGGGUGAUGUAUGGGAUAGUGUACACCAAACCCUGUGACAAUCCCAAAGGUGGCAACUGCAUCACACCCUUCCUGGCAGGAAACCCAAAACUACAGUUGAGCAUCUACACUGCUCUGCAGGCAAAGGCAGAAGGAGGCCAUACUCUGAUCCACAAAGAGGAGGACUUUGAUGUCAGCAAUAAGUUUGAGAGGAUAGUCAACGUCUCCCUUCCUAAGAAAACCCGUAGUAAUGGAACUUUAUAUGCACUAAUAUUUGUCCAUCAAGCCGGUAUCAAUCCGUGGCAGGAUCAGCGACAGGUCCACCUGGUGGCUCAGCUCACCACAUACAUGGUCCCUAAACCGCCGGAAAUCUCUCUGAUAUCUGGAGAGGAUCAAACACAGGGUCAGAAAGAAGAGGCCCAGCAAACGAAGCAGGGCGAUGGUAAACCUGCAGGUGGAGCCAGAGGUGGAGCCGCUUCUACACCAGAUCGGCCGGUUUCACACUGGCGCUCCCGGUUAACACUCAACAUAGUCAGCGACCACUUCCACUUUGACAGAGAAUACCUCCCCAGUGAUGUCCACAGAUACCUCAGAGUAUUCCAGAAUGGGAAGAAGAUGGUGUAUCUACCUCUGCUGUUUGUCGAUGAGCUCAGCAACCGGGUCAAGGACCUUGUGGAGAUCAACAGUACCUCCACGGAGCUUCCUCUGACUAUCUCCUACGACUCCAUCUCUCUGGGGAGGCUUCGAUUCUGGAUCCACAUGCAAGAUGCUGUUUACUCUCUGCAGCAGUUUGGUUUCACAGAAAAGGAUGCUGAUGAGAUUAAAGGGAUCUUUGUUGAUACCAACCUGUACUUCCUGGCUCUGACCUUCUUCGUAGCUGCCUUCCAUCUCCUCUUUGACUUCCUGGCCUUUAAAAAUGACAUCAGCUUCUGGAAGCAGAAGAAAAGCAUGGUGGGAAUGUCCAGCAAAGCAGUGCUGUGGCGAUGUUUCAGCACCAUAGUGAUUUUCCUGUAUUUGUUUGAUGAGCAGACCAGCCUGCUUGUCCUCAUACCUGCUGGGAUCGGCUCUAUCAUCGAAGUUUGGAAAGUGAAGAAGGCCUUUAAGAUUCAGGUUUUCUGGAAAGGAGCCAAACCAACAUUCCUGUUUGGAAAAUUAGAUGAAUCAGAGAGAAGAACGGAAGAAUAUGAUACUCUGGCCAUGAAGUAUCUUUCAUACCUCCUUUACCCACUGUGUAUCGGAGGGGCAGUGUAUGCUCUAAUAUUCCUGCGAUAUAAGAGUUGGUAUUCGUGGUUGAUCAACAGUUUGGUGAACGGUGUAUACGCCUUCGGUUUCCUCUUCAUGCUUCCACAACUAUUUGUCAACUACAAGUUGAAAUCUGUCGCUCAUCUGCCCUGGAAGGCCUUCAUGUAUAAGGCAUUCAAUACCUUCAUCGACGAUGUGUUUGCCUUCGUCAUCACCAUGCCGACGUCUCACAGACUGGCCUGUUUCCGAGACGACGUAGUGUUUCUCAUUUACCUUUACCAGAGAUGGCUCUACCCGGUGGACAAAACGAGAGUCAACGAAUACGGAGUUUCUUACGAUGACAAACCCAAAGGGAAGACUCACAGGGACUAGAAGGGAAAGGUGGACUCUGUGGGUAUCGUCUCGUUUCCGCUGGUAUUACCUGAACUGAGUUUGCCAAUCUGGUGGAAACUGUCUUUGUUUUGGGCCAGUUAGUUGUAAAUGGACCAGUUGCACAAACAUUCUUCUGGUUUCUCACUUUUUCACCCUGUCACUAAGUGUUGAAUGGACAACAUCUGCUUAUCUGUCUUUUUGCAGCCUGGAGAGGUAUUGUAAUUGUUAUGCUAAAUCUGUGACUAUCCUCCAAACUGACACAACAACCAGGAAAUAUUGUAUGUGUGAUUAGUGUGAACACCUCUGCUUAAUUCCAAUAUGACAGAGUACACCGACUACAGAAACUUUACGAUAGUAGAUACUGGUGGCAGCUUUGAGAUUUUCUGCCAUAAAUUCUACUCUUACUUUUUUUUAAAAAAAUAGCCAGUCAUGUUUGUUGUCUGUUAGAACGACUCCAUCCUGUUAAGAUCACUGAGUUUUGUUUUUUGUCUCCAGCUUGGAUGUCUGCAAAUACUGACUUCGUUGUGCUAAACUGCAAAAGUAAAACAUGUUUCAUUCUGCAGGCUGGAGCUACCAGUUAAAGCUGAAAACUGUUGUAAAAGCUGCAGUCUCAGAAUUUUAAUGGAUUUUUAUCUCUUUUUUUUUUUUUUAAAAGUCCAUUCAUCCAUCCUCUAUACACCGCUUUAUCCUCACUAGGGUCAUGGGGGGUGCUGGAGUCUAUCCCAGCUGACACCCUGGACAGGUCACCAGUCUGUCACAGGGCUACAUAUACAGACAAACAAUCACACUCACAUUCACACCUACGGGCAAUUAAGAAUAAUCAAUUAUCCUCAGCAUAUUUUUGGACUGUGGGAGGAAGCCGGAGUACCCGGAGAAAACCCAUGCAUGCACAGGGAGAACAUGCAAACUCCAUGCAGAAAGAUCCCAGGCCCACCCCGGGAUUUGAACCAGAGAUCUUCUUGCUGCAAGGCGAAAGUGCUAACCACUACUCCGCUGUGCAGCCCUUUUUUUUUUUUUUAAAGUAUUUUGCAUUAACAAAUUUCAAUGAACUGACAUUUUGAUAAGAGUCUGGUUCAGCCUGCUUCGGGACACUGAUACAGCACAUCUAGGAGUUUUAGAACAAGUUGCUCAUCUGAGAGGCUUCAUUCAUCAAGACUGCAUAAUCCAGCUGCUUCUUGUUUACCUGCCAGAUAUCACAACCAGAAUGACUGAAAAGCUAGCUAUCGUGACAGCUGGGCUACACAAAUACUGUGCUUUGUCAGAAAUGGCAUUAUAUCCUUGCAUUUGGGUCUACCUAACCUUGAACAGUAGACUUCAGCAAAUGUGAAGCAUCCCUGCUCACUUCCUUUUUCAGGCACUUCCAUAUUAUUCCAUAAGCACUAGGUUUGAUAUGUCAGAGCUGACAGGAAAAUCCAUUCGUAAUUAUAGCCUAGGUGCUGAAGUGAAAGCUAUUUACAAGUAAGAAACUGGUAAUCAUGGCAACUCCAGUGUGUUAUAAAAGCUGCAUUAGGUAAAGGUUGGCAGUACGGAAACAUAAGUGGACGUACUGAUAGCUCACUUAAAUACACUUUUCUAGAAAUUAUAUGGAAUUAUGCUAAUUACGUUUAAAGAUUUUUUCACUGAAAGGGCUAUUAGCAAUUUGAGUUUGAAAAAGUAUCAAUGUGUGCAUCUGCCAUAAUUUGUAUCCAAAACUAUCCUGUUGAAAAGGUUGGCAUAUGUCAGCUCUGGCACAAAUACCAGAAUCAUCUUUCUUUACCUACGUGUUAAAGCAAGAAUAUACUGUAUAUAAUGUGAUUUUAAAAAAGAGUGGGGUUGUAACCAAGGAAAAGGGACACAACAGAAGAGUCACAUUAAAAACACAUCACUUUAAAGAAUUUUACUGUCAAAGCAUGUAAUGGUACAAGAUUCCAAAUAGCUGCCAUGGUGAAUUGCGUGAUUGUUAGAAAAUCUUCUGCUGUGUUAGAGGCAGAGGAAGAAUGUGAUUUUUGAUUACAGAGACUAUAUGAAUUGCCUGAACAUUCCAGGAUGUGUGAAGUUGAAUUGUUUAUCCUGCUCUGUCUGAUGUUAAAUGAUACGGAUUUUAUUUCACUGUAACGCAGCUGGGUACAACUGACAGCCUGUUUUUACCCGUCUGAGUAUUUCUUACAUAUCAGGGCCAAGAAAAUAUGUUAGUGCCAAAUGUGAGACUGUGUGUGAGCUUUGUAUGUUCACCAUAAAGGAUCCAUCUGAUGUUUUUAAACACACACUGACAUUGUGGAGGAAAUAGUUAUGGUAAGAUUUAAGAAAAGUAUUGCUACAUCUGGAUUUACAACAUCACAUUUUGAUUUCUUUGCUAAUGUUAUGCAUUUUUAAACUAGAAAUAUUUACUUUGAAUCAGUCUACUCCAUGUUCGGGUAUCAGGAUAUGUUAGAUCUGUGUGCAAAGAUACAGCACAGGUUUUCUGUUCCUGAGUAAAUGAAGCCAGGAUAGAUUUUUCCAGAAAUUUGCCUUGAAAUGGUUUUACUUCUUGUGAUGUUCGUGUUUUUGAUUGAGAUAAAAUAAAAAAGACUGACUUCACUGAC